UUCCUUAAUCUCCUUUGCUGGCUAAGAGAAAAAGAGAAGGAUUGGAAAGGGCAGUGUGCCGUGGGUAGUGGACUGACUGCAAGCACUACAGGUUGCUUUCCCUACUUUCUUCCAAAUAGAAAUGCCUUCUUUCCCCAUCUUAAACAGCUUUGGGAAGCUGUGUGGAUCAGGUGAUGAACUGGUGCUGGAAAAAGUGAAAUAUCGAAAUUCAGUCAGAAAGAUGUCAGUAAUUGAGGAUGGGAAUAUUGCAGAGGUCUUGUAUCUCAUUCCGAAGCAGAGCUUGCUGAAGCAACUGCCCUACUUGAAUCCAGAUGACUACUACUUGUGCGAGCAGUUAUUUGACACUCCUGAGGACCUGGUGGCCCACCCUCAGGAGCCUCACCACCCCUCUGAAAAGCCGGUCAUCCACUGCCAUAAAUGUGGGGAGCCAUGUAAAGGUGAAGUACUCCGUGUUCAGGCCAGACACUUCCACAUCAAAUGCUUCACCUGCAAAGUGUGUGGGUGUGACUUGGCGCAGGGAGGCUUUUUCAUCAAGAACGGGGAAUACCUUUGCACCCUGGAUUACCAGCGCAUGUACGGCACCCGCUGCAACGGCUGUGGAGAGUUCGUGGAAGGAGAAGUAGUGACAGCUCUGGGAAAAACUUACCAUCCAAGCUGCUUUGCCUGUACUGUGUGCAAGCGUCCAUUUCCACCAGGAGAUCGAGUUACCUUUAAUGGAAGGGACUGUCUCUGUCAGAUGUGUGCUCAGCCCAUGUCCUCCAGUCCAAGAGAACUCUCUGCCUCAAGCAAUUGUGCUGGCUGUGGAAGAGACAUAAAAAAUGGGCAAGCAUUGCUAGCUCUGGAUAAGCAGUGGCACCUGGGAUGCUUUAAGUGCAAGGCCUGUGGGAAGGUCCUCACCGGGGAAUACAUCAGCAAAGAUGGUGCUCCUUAUUGUGAGAAGGACUACCAAGUGCUUUUUGGAGUCAAGUGUGAAGCAUGUCACCAGUUCAUUACUGGGAAAGUCCUAGAGGCAGGUGACAAGCAUUAUCAUCCAAGCUGUGCACGAUGCAGCAGGUGCAACCAAAUGUUCACAGAAGGAGAAGAAAUGUAUCUGCAAGGUUCCACUGUCUGGCAUCCCGACUGUAAGCAAUCCACUAAGACAGAAGAUAAGCUCCGGCAUUCCUCAUCUGAGUUCUUUUAUCCAAAGAGUCUGGUUCUGCGCAGGCCACGCUCUGCAGAGCCUACAAGAACGUCAUCAGAAAGUAUUUAUUCCAGACCAGGUUCCAGUAUACCUGGCUCUCCAGGCCACACUAUCUAUGCAAAAGUAGACAAUGAAAUCCUUGAUUACAAGGAUUUAGCAGCCAUUCCCAAAGUCAAGGCUAUUUAUGACAUUGAACGUCCAGACCUAAUUACUUAUGAGCCAUUCUACACUUCCGCCUACGAGGACAGACAGGAGAGACAGAGUCUUGGAGAGUCUCCAAGGACAUUAUCACCUACCCCUUCUGCAGAAGGCUACCAGGAUGUUCGGGAUCGCAUGAUCCACAGGUCUACUAGUCAGGGCUCCAUCAAUUCUCCCGUGUACAGUCGUCACAGCUACACACCCACCAUGUCACGCUCCCCUCAGCAUUUCCACAGACCUGGCAAUGAGCCGUCCAGCGGUCGGAACUCCCCUGUCCCCUAUCGGCCUGACAGUCGCCCUCUCACUCCAACUUACGCUCAGGCCCCUAAACAUUUCCAUGUUCCAGAUCAAGGUGUCAACAUUUACAGGAAACCGCCCAUCUACAAACAACACGCUAAAUUCCCUGAUUGCCAUCUAGAUGCAGCUGCCUUGGCAGCACAGAGCAAGUCCUCCGAGGAUAUCAUCAAGUCCUCCAAGUUCCCAGCAGCUCACGCACCAGCACCCAACGAGAUACCAAAGAUUGAGAUGGACCACUGGCCAGGUCCUCCCUCCCUUGCUGCCAUAGCAGGAGCUGACAUGAGACGCAGAUCAAGUGGAAGAGAGGAAGAUGAUGAGGAGCUACAGAGGCGCCGGCAGCUGCAGGAGGAGCAGCUCAUGAAGCUCAACUCUGGUCUGGGACAGUUAAUAUUGAAAGAAGAGAUGGAAAAGGAGAGUCGCGGUAGGUCAGCCCUUUCUGCCAGUCGUUACGAUUCUCCAGCACAUGCUUCAGCCUCCAAAACCUCUUCUCUCCCUGGGUAUGGAAAAAAUGGACUUCACAGGCCAGUGUCUACAGAUUUUGGUCAGUACAACAGUUACGGGGAUGUGAGUGGUGCUGUUAGAGAUUUCCAGUCCCUCCCGGAUGGUCAUGUCCCUGGAAUGAGAAUGGACAGAGGAGUAUCUAUGCCUAACAUGUUGGAGCCAAAGAUUUUUCCAUAUGAAAUACUCAUGGUGACCAACAGAGGGCGAAAUAAAAUACUAAAAGAUGUAGACAGAACCAGGCUUGAGCGUCACUUAGCGCCUGAAGUUUUUCAAGAAAUAUUUGGCAUGACGAUACAGGAGUUUGACAAGUUACCUCUCUGGAGACGCAACGACAUGAAGAAGAAAGCAAAACUCUUUUAAUCUCCCUUUAAACAAACCAACAAAAAAUUGAUGCAUAGGAUGAUGAUCUAUCAUACAGUCCACACUGUUUGGAAGCAACUACUUAUCCACUGAAAAGGGAAAAAUCACAUAGUGGCACCUCUGUACACAGCAGCUGAACAAGAUGAACAUUUGCCCUCCCGGAACACAGGGAGAAAAUAUCUGGGCUCAGAAACAACAAUGAUAGUUUUCAGAGGUGUUACAUGAUAUGAUACAAGAUAGAAAACUGUUCCGUUCUUCUCCCUCAAUGAUACUCCCUUUACUUCUCUCCACAAUAUGAUGGACUUUAUUGCUAGAGCCAGGAAGUGCCCUUAGGAUGCCUUGUAGACUAAAGUAGUUGUAACCACUCCAAGAACUGGAAAAGAAAAUAUACAUAUAUAAAUAUAUAUAUAUAUAUGUAUGUGUGUUUGCCUGUGUGCACACCUGUAUUUAUAUCUAUCCAUCUAUCUCUGUGUGUGCGUGUAUGUGUGUGUAUAUAUGUGUGUAUAUACGGAGAGGAAGAUGGAUAGGUGCUCUGUAGUGAAGGAGAAGCCCCUUGUAACUUAUCCACACGGUCACAUAAGUCUUUCACCCAGCUGUUUCUUACCUGGCACUCUUUUGACAUGACAUCUUCUUCGUGUGAAGCAACCUGCAACGGUGGGCGCUCUGCUCCACUUACCGUGCGUACCGGUUGGGUUUCUGGAAAAUGGAUUCCUUGUAUAUAUUUGCUAGGAUAUAGGAAGUGAAUUGCUCUGUGUGUUGUCAGUCUUCCCUUUUCCACACUUUCUGCUUGAAUUAAUAAGGCUGGAGAGUAACCAGUCCUUUGAAUAAUUUAAGAUCACUUAAGUAAUGGGAAUGAUGGAGAAGAGUCAGUUUUCUUGUAAUUUACUCCAGGAGAUGGGUGGGUGGGGGUGGGAGUGGGAGUGACAGAGUGAGAAAAUGCUUUUUUAAGUGUGCCCUGGUUUGCACCCAGAGAUUUUGGGACAAACUCCCUGCUAGUAAUUACUAGUACAGCUCAUCAGACUGCAGUGGAGUUGUAGGAUUUUACAUUGACGGGGAAGGUUCUCUGCAAGCUAACAUGCAAAUUCAUCCCUCUUAGGGAGGGAUGUUUAUGAAUUUAAAGGUACCAUCAAGGUGCCACGCUCUGCCAAUAGAGGCUUUUUGAUUAAACUGCAGUUGCUGUUGUCAAUAUGGCACAGUGCAUGGGGCCAAGCACUCUUUUUAGUUAAUGUAGUUUUUCACUUGUGCUUGGAAAAGAGGGCACAGACUUUUUUUUUUUCCUCUCUUGAAGCAUCAAAGCUCCAGCCUUGGUUAUUUUUAUUUCCCUUUGUGCCUGACUUGGUUUUUGAAGACAGAGUAAUCAUGCAAGACAGUUUCUGAGCUGCAUUGAACUCCUUAUUGCUUUCAGUCUUCUUCCAGUAUGCUGCAGCUUAAAAAACUGCCUGUAUAUACCUUAACUGCUUCUGGGCAAGUCCUGUACAUAGGAGGACAUGAGCACCAAAGUAAUUGAAUGAAUGCAUUGUGGCUGCCAGGUCAGCUUUUUCUCUUCCGUGGUGCUUUAACUGCCAAUGCAUCCUGCACUAACGAGCCUGUCUCCUGAUACGGGAGGGGGUCCUUUAGGUUCUGUGUCUGUCAAAGAAUAUCGAGGUUUCCUUCUUAAUGCAGAAGCUUCAGGCACUGGAGACAUCAGAACCUCUGAAUUUUCUGUCCUGUGAGACAUGGGUGUUAAAAUCUGGAAGUUAGGGAGGGGAAACAGUCCCACGUAGUUGUGAGAUUCAGUAUCACUGUGUUGAGUUCUCUUUAUCACCAAAUGACAUUUCACCAUGAACUGUGCAGGGCAGCCCAAAUCCUGCCUCUUCUUUGCUGGUUUAGGAAGUCCUGUUGCAAUAGAUCACUGUGGUUCCUUUGAUAAAAUCUGAGAGGGAGAUUCGGUAAAUGAGGGACAGAGACCAGAGAUCGCCACCUGCUCCACGUCCUUAGAGCUGAGGGAAUGGUGAGUCUAUGGGACAAGCUGGAGAACAUCCUACCAUGGAGAUCUGGUACCACAGUCCCCACUGCACACAAGUCCCCAGUGAACACUGUGACACACACACACACACACACACUUGACUGAGCUCUCUGGAUAGUACUGAGAUUGCAGCAAGAAUCGGUGUAACAUGUUUUAACUUUACUUUUCAGAACUCUCCUCUGAAAGCUUUUUAGAGGAGCGCUGAAAGUGCUAGUUAGGGGCACUGGCAGAUGUGUUUUUGAGUGACUGCUGAAACCAAAUCCAUAUGAUGGAAGAACAACAGUGUUUUACAGUCAGGGAAUUUGUGAAUGGUGGGGUCUCAGAAAUUUAGUGUUUGUCACCCACAAGGUGUGGCUUAAUUUUGAGGUGAAUGUGUGGGUUUUAAUGCAUUUAAAUUAUUAAAUUCUUCAAAUUUUGUUCAGCCCACAUCCUGUAGACAAUGUGUGCUGCUGCCUCUCAUACUAUUAGACAUUAAAGGUCUUUUAGUCCAGGUCACCUUGACAAUACACCUUUUAGAUCUGAAGAUUUGGUUUCUCGAGGAUGUGAGCUGCCAGUCUGCAUUUUUCUGUCCUCAUCUCUGGAUUACUAUUGAACUUCUCACAACAUAUAUGAAUAGAUUACCCAGUCAUUUCAGAAAUGACUAAGCCAUGCUGUUUCCUCACCUCUACAUCCUAUGCAAAAAAAAAAAAAAAAAAAGGUUGGGAAAAAAAGAGAACUUAG